AUGGAGGCACACAAGGAUUUUGGGACAACUCUUAUGGCUCCUAAGCCCCGAUCAGCAGCAGGGAGCUCUAGUACUUUAGAGGCGAAUCUGAAGGACAAGGCAGACCAGUCUGAUGACCAGGCGAUUGAGGACCAUCAAAUGGAUGAGGAGAUGCAAGAUUCUAGCAAUGGUAACAACCUGAUGUUACUGGAGGAGAACGACCCAUUGGGUGAUGAACCUAAAGACUCGGAUAAUCAAGAGCAUGAGAAUCGAGAAGGAUCAGAAACAUUUCAUGAGAAUGUUCACGACAGUUCAAUCUUAUGA